AUGAGUUGUCCAGCUUUGAACCAAGACAUGAUAUUAGAGAUUCUUUCGUACUGUCCAGCUUCAUCAAUAGAAAAAUUCAAAUUCUUAAACAAGGAUUACUACAAACGUAUGUCUGAAUCUUGGUUUAUCAACCUUAAUCUCUUCAGAGCCAAUUCUAUCUCCGGAGUUUUUCUCCAAUACCAAUAUCAUCCUUCAACUUUUAAUACCAGUUUCGUCCUCACCGGAGAUGGAGAAGUCUCGCUUGAUUUUCUCCCCAUUGAGGUUAAGAUUGAAGCUUGUGAUCCAAGUCACGGGAUUUUUCAUUGUGCUGCUUCUGAUUACUUUAUAGAAACUCCGUACUUUGUUUGUAAACCAACCACAAGAGAGUACCAGACUAUACCGACCCCAGAAACUGGAUACUCGACCCUUGAAAAUUAUUUUAUACCAGUUGUAUCCGGCUUGAUCGUGACUAGUACAAACCCCUUAAGGUAUAAAAUCGUCAAGAUCUCUAAGCAAUCCAAAAUAUUCACAGUCAUUUGCGAGGUUUUUGAUUCUGAUUCCUUUGCGUGGAAACGAUUAGACGAUAUGGAACAACCAAAUUACGAAGAUUUAGUAUUAUCAAGCGUACCGGUAAGGAAUAAUCAGUUCUUGAAUUGGUUAACUUCAUCAGGCAAGAAUGUGUUUCGGUUUUGCAUGAAAACUGAAACAUGGUCUCUCCACCCAGUUCCAAGUGAUUUAGAAAAAUAUUAUCUUAAAAUUUUAACAAGUGUAGGAGGUAAGCUAGGCAUAGUUGUUUGGAAACCGAAAGGUAAUGUAGAAGGGACUUGGAUUUUGGAUAGCACUUAUGGAAAAUCAUGGGUGAGAAUGAAAAUAGAGAAGAGUAUAAUGGAAGAAGAUAAAUUCAUUAAACCUGUGUGGUUCCUCCGUGAUAACGACGUCGUAAUGUUGGGUGGUUUUGAUUGGGUCAGCCUUUAUGACAUAAAGACUAAUAGCAUAAAAUCUGAGUGUUUCAAGAUAAAUAAUCUUCCAAUUGAGUUUGCUCGUUCUUCUGUUUGUAUCUAUUUUCCUUUUUACUCUGACUACGAGAGACUUAAUUUUGCUGAAGAUCAUGUUGAAAGAUCUACUGGCGAAGGCCCAGAAAAGUAA